UUCUGUUUUCUCCUCGCAGGCCCCCAUGAGACUCCUGAACCUCCGAGGGUCCGCCACACAGCCCUGAGAGGAGAAGGAAGAAUAAAACCAGGAGGACAAAGCGAGGGGAGGAGACGCAGCAGAAGAAGGCGCCGGGCGAGGAGCAGAGGGGAGGUUUGAAAAGAGGGAUUUGCUCGAUCUGUUGGGGGGUGCAUGCUCCCUCCUGAGACCCUCCCCUCUCUUCUGGACCUCCUCACUUGUUUCUGCAUUAGCGAGGGGCAGACACGAGGCAGAGAAUGUGCAGUGAACGCAGGCUCAACGUGGCCGGGGGCCUGGACGUGAGACUCCCCAGGACUAGAGUCCUGCUGCUGGGCCUGGUGCUGCUGGCAGCGGGCGGGCCGGCACACGGGGACCUGGACCUGCUGGGCGGGAUGGAGCUGAUGGAAGCAGGGGGGGAAGGUGAGGGGCUGGGAGGAGACGGGGCCGACCUGGAGGCCUCCAUGCACUCCUCGCUGCUGCAGGACUUCCAGGAGGCCACGGAAGGACUCCAGCUGCUGGAGGACAGCGAGACCAACGGGUCUAGGCAGGACCCCGCACCACCUGCAGCCUUCCCAGACUCCUUGGCCAUGGUGGGCCGGGUUUUCCACAUCAAGGUGCCAAACAAGAUGGAGGAGGUUUCAAUGGGAGAUAUAGUGAAGGUUGCAGAGACGGGGAAGGAUUCCCUGCCCUCCUGGCUGCACUGGGACCCCAGCAGCAGGGUCUUACAGGGUCUGCCUUUGGAUGAGGAUAAAGGAGUCCACUACAUCUCUGUGACCACCUCCAAACACGUGGCCUCCUCCUCUCCCCCCGAGGUGUUCUCCAUCGAGGUGCACCCUGAAGACCACCUGGACCCAGACUCGGCUCAGCUGCUGUCCAGCCAGGCCGGCGCCGAGGACCCCGCCCAGCCCUUCACAUGUAGCGAGGAGGAGCCCAUCACCGUGCUCACCGUGAUCCUGGACGCUGACCUGACCAAGAUGAGCUCGGAGCAGAGGCUGGAGCUGCUGGACAACAUGAGGAGCUUCUCUGGGCUGGAGCUGCACAGCAUGAAGAUGCUGCCCGUGGUCAACAACAGGCUGUUUGACAUGUCCGCAUUCAUGGCCGGACCUGGGAACGCCAAGAAGGUGGUGGAAAACGGCGCUCUGUUGUCGUGGAAGCUUGGCUGCUCACUGGACCAGAGCACAGUCCCAGACAUCAACAGCGUCCAGGGUCCUGCAAAGGAAGGCACAAUGUCAGCCAAGCUGGGGUACCCUGUGGUGGGUUGGCACAUCGCCAACAAGAAGCCUCACGUCUCGAAGCGAGUGAGGCGACAGUUGAACAACACCCCGACCCCGAUUCUGGUAGUGCUUCCUCCUACAACAGUUGUGGAGCCUCCUGUCAGGAUCGUCCCAACCCCCUCCUCUCCGUCCAUCGCAGCACCCACAGAAAGUUCUGCUCCCCCUGUCAGAGGCCCAGUUCCUCUUCCAGGAAAGCCUACCAUCAGAGUCCGUGACCCUAUAGCCCACACCCCAACAAUUGGACCCCCUCAACCAACCAAAGUUCUGGACACCACCAGUACUGUUUCCAUCCAGCCAACCACGACCAGGGCUAUUUAUGUGGAAGCCACCCCGACACCGCCCUCAACCAAAACAACCACCAAGAAACCAAGGAAGCCCAAGACCACCCCUGUCUACAAAGAUCCAUCCAAGAUGACUACUCCCAAACCACCCAGAAGUACUACCCCAUCCCCGGGUAUCAUUAUAGAUCCAAGCAAUGAGAAGCCAGUCCUGAGGAACCCCAUUGACCAGGUCAAUGCUUUGGUGGGCACUUACUUUGAGGUGAAGAUCCCAUCUGAUACGUUCUUUGAUAAGGAAGAUGGAACGACCGAUAAACUACGUCUCACUCUGAGGCAGAACCACAACGAGGUGGUUGGAGAGGGAUCCUGGAUCCAGUUCAACACCACCAGCCAGCUGCUGUAUGGCCUUCCUGAUGUGCAGCACGUUGGGAAACAUGAAUACUUCAUGCAGGCAGCUGACAAAGGUGGCCUUAAUGCCAUUGAUGCUUUUGAAGUGCGCGUGAACCGCUGGCCUGCCAAUGAUAAAACUCCUGUCAUCUUCACGGCCCGCUUUGAUGGAGAGCCACGUUCUGUCACCAAUGACAUCCACAAGAAGAUCCUGCUGGUGAAAAAACUGGCCUAUGCACUCGGGGACAGAAACAGCAGCACGGUGAGUUUAAGGAACAUCACCAAAGGCUCGAUCGUGGUGGACUGGACAAACACCAGCCUUCCUCAGCACCCGUGUCCUAAAGAACAGCUCAUAGUGAUGAGCAGGACUCUGGGCAAUGCUGAUGGGAGACCCUCCCAGACCUUCAGGUACGCCAUGGAGCCCGACUUCAAACCUCUUGAUGUGAAAGUGAAGGGACGGGCCAGCUGCCGGACCUACUCCUUCAUCCCACCAGCAGAGAUUGAUCUACCAGAACCUUCUGCAGUCACUCCAGGUCUGGGAUCAAGCAGACACAGCACAGAUGAUGUGUACCUCCACACGGUUAUUCCUGCUGUGGUGGUGGCAGCCAUUUUACUGAUCGCAGGAAUCAUUGCGAUGAUCUGCUACAGGAAGAAACGAAGGGGCAAGCUGACCAUCGAGGACCAGGCUACCUUCAUCAAGAAGGGUGUGCCAAUCAUCUUUGCAGAUGAACUCGAUGACUCCAAGCCUCCUCCGUCCUCCAGUAUGCCACUGAUCCUCCAGGAGGAGAAGCCCCCUCUUCCACCCCCCGAGUACCCCAGCAUGGCCACUCCAGAGACCACUCCCCUCAACCAGGAGCUGCUGGGGGAGUACACGGCUCUACGAGACGAGGACCCCAACGCACCCCCCUACCAGCCUCCGCCUCCCUUCACCACUCCCAUGGAGGGCAAGGGCUCACGUCCCAAGAACAUGACUCCCUACAGAUCGCCACCCCCCUACGUGCCACCCUAAGACUCGUUCAGCCACCCCCCCACCCUCGAGGGUGAGGGGCCGAGGAUGCCUGAGGAACUGUGACGGUUUCUAUUCUGGUGUUUUUAUCUGUCUGGACUUUUACUGGGAGAUGACAAGAGGUGCUAAAGUUCAAAACAGCCACAGGGGACUUUGGUUUGGGAGGGGACACAUGUUUGGGGGGCUCAAAAGGGAUGAUUAGUUGACACAGCUGGGAGGAACUGCUGCUUUAACGGUAGCCCAAGUCCACCAAAGGCUGAGGCCAAACAAAGUUUGGUCCAGAUGAGCUCUUGGUUUAACCCAGAUGCUCAGAAGGACGGAGCGGGAGGACCGCUCUCCCUUCAGCGUUUCAAGUUUUUACAUCUGGAUCCAGAUUUUAGUUUUUUCCUCUUUGUCCCAAAACAUUUGCUUUGUUCUGGACUGAAGUGUUUGCCUAACAACUCAUUUUAUUUGAUUUUUUUUCUUGCUUUGGAAUGAUACGAGACAGUGAGCUGUCACCAGACCACUGUUGGAUCAGAGGGGUCUCGGACCACCCCUGCAGACGGCAGAGAGCCGGGGGUCCAGGUGUGUGUGAGCGGCAGGUGUUGCCUUUUUAAAACCAGCUGUUUCUCUCUGUCACAUGGUCAGAGAAGCCCAGGGAAGCUGCAGCAGGUGUAGAGAUGAGUUUGUUUGAAAUCACAGUUUUUCAUGUUGGUGUUUUGUCCUCUGAAGGUGAAAACCGCAGCAGAAAAGAGUUGUUUUAGUUUCUUGUCUGAAAGUCGACCCUGCAGCCAUCAGCAGGCUGAUCUGAGCUGAUGCUUUCAUCUCACUUAGUUUUUAUGAUUCCUUUACUUAAAGCCAACUAAAUUUAUUAACACUCCAACAAAACUAAAAGUAAACUGACCCUGUGGUCUUCACUAUGUACCUUUUAUUUCUGAUUGUUUUGUUGAAGUUGAUUUAUUAAUCUUAAUUUAAUCUCCAGGAUUGAUAAUCUAAACUCUAACGAGAUGAAAAGGUCUUUGGUCAUUCUUUGUUUCGGUGCUACUGAGGUGGGAUUAGAUGGGUUUUUAUAAACAGACGAUCGUGGCUGAAAGUGACAGAAACGAUUGAAGUGCUUCGAUCUUGAUGACAGAAAUGUGUUUUCCUUUGAUGUUGCCUCCAAUAGUUUGAUUCUUAAAGAAAGAAAGAUUAGUUUUAGCCUUUUAGUUGAGCUCACUCACUUAUUUACUCCUUAUUGUUUCGGCUCACAUGUAUCCGUUUGAUUUUGGAGUGUGUUUGAUCUUCCCUUCAUGUUUUAUUAAUCACAAUCUUCUUUUUUUUGACAUGUUUCUGUUUGAGUUUGGACUGACAGUGACCCUUUGCAAUAAUCUCCUGUGGUGUGGUCCGCUCAGCGACACCUCGUUUUGUCCUGACGUGGUUGGUUUCUGCAGGAUGCCAAGGCUUUUUUUGCUUCUGGAAGUGUGCAUUGUAAUAAUAAAACAACUGGUCCCUUAAA